GUGAGACAUAUUCGAUAGUCAUAUGAUCCUAAAAGGGGGCGAGUGAUAAUACCUUUAGUGUGAUUGAAGUUUUGUGCCAGUUCAGGGUUAUACAUUUUAAUUUGCUUCAAAUUACGCAGGAAAGGGAGAAUGAUUGGUUGCAUGUUUAAUAUCGAUGGUGGAUAUUUGGAAGGUUUGUGUAGAGGCUUUAAAUGUGGUAUUUUGAGGCAGUCGGACUACCUGAAUCUUGUUCAAUGCGAAACUCUAGAAGAUUUAAAACUUCAUCUUCAAGGUACGGAUUAUGGAAGUUUUCUUGCUAAUGAACCAAGUCCAUUACAAGUGUCUGUCAUUGACGACAAACUUCGUGAGAAACUUGUAAUCGAAUUUCAACACAUGAGGAAACAUGCUGUAGAACCUCUGUCAACGUUUCUGGACUUUAUAACUUACAGUUACAUGAUUGAUAACAUCAUUCUGCUAAUCACGGGAACCCUACACCACCGACCCAUUUCUGAGCUGAUUCCCAAGUGCCAUCCUUUGGGCAGCUUUGAGCAGAUGGAGGCCAUUCAUGUUGCAGCCACCCCAGCUGAGCUGUACAAUGCAGUGCUUGUUGACACACCACUGGCUCCUUUCUUUGUUGACUGCAUUAGUGAGCAAGAUUUGGAUGAGAUGAACAUCGAAAUUAUCCGUAAUACACUGUACAAGGCAUACCUGGAAGCAUUCUUCAACUUCUGUAAGGAGCUUGGAGGCACCACUGCUGAUGUCAUGUGCGAGAUUCUUGCUUUUGAAGCGGAUCGGCGGGCCAUCAUCAUAACCAUCAAUUCAUUUGGCACAGAGUUAACAAAGGACGAUCGAGCCAAACUGUAUCCGAGAUGUGGCAAAUUGCAUCCUGAUGGGUUGGCAGCACUGGCCCGGGCAGAUGACUACGAACAAGUGAAAGCAGUAGCAGAAUAUUAUGCUGAAUACAGUGCGCUGUUUGAAGGAGCUGGUAAUAACCCAGGCGAGAAGACUUUAGAGGACAAAUUUUUUGAGCAUGAGGUUCGUCUGAAUGUUCAUGCUUUCCUACAGCAGUUCCAUUUUGGUGUGUUCUACUCGUACCUCAAACUGAAG